GGCACCGGCCCGGCCGCCUUCUCCGCCCCCUCCCCGUCCCCGUCCCCGUCCCUCUCCCUUCCCACCCGGCCCCGCUGCCAGGGGCGAAGCCGCCCGCCGGGCCCCGCGACUUUUUUUCUUGGAUUUUAUUACUGGAAAACUCUCUAAUGACAACAUUGCUUAGGAGCUGAGUGUCGUGGCCUGCCCUGCUCCUGCCCGCUUGGUGUGGCAACGACCUGAAGGACGUCUUGGAGCCACCUGUACUGCUUCAUGCAGUUAAAUGUUCUGAGGUCAUGAAACUUAAUCCACAGCAAGCCCCGUUAUAUGGUGACUCUGUUAUUACAGUGCAGCUGACUGAGGAAGAUAAAAUUGAAGAUGAUGUAGUUUUUUAUUUGGUCUUCACUGGAUCAACUGUCCAACACUGCACAAGCACAAGAAAGAUUAAUCCUGGGAGUCUGGAGACAAUUUCUCCUGGCCAUGACUGUUGUGAGACAGUGAAGGUGGCACUUUGUGCCUCCAGAGAAGGUCACCCUGUUCUGAUUGUGGCAGAAGAGAGUUUCCAGUUUGUCCAGGAUGAAGCCUACGAUGCCGCCCAGUUUCUGGCCACCUGUGCUGGCAACCAGCAGGCGCUGAACUUCACGCGGUUCUUGGACCGGUCAAGACCCCCUGCUGCAGACGUGGACUUUCUGGAUGAGAAAGUGGCUUUGGCGUUUCGACACCUGAAACUUCCAGCAGAAUGGAACGUGCUGGGAGCAGACCAGUCCCUGCCCGAGAACAUCCCUCGGGAGACACUGAUGCAUUUUGCGGUGAGGCUGGGUCUGCUGCGGCUGACGUGGUUUCUGCUCCAGCAGCCGGGAGGAAGAGGAGCUCUGAGCAUCCACAACAACGAAGGGGCAACGCCCGUCAGCUUGGCCUUGGAGAGGGGCUACCAGAAGCUGCACCAGCUUUUGACAGAGGAGGAGGCCAGGGAGCCGGACUCCUGGAGCACCUUGUCUCACACGGUGCACUCGGGGGACUACAGCGUGAAGCACCACCGCGGGCUCGACGUGUACCUGCUGACAGCUGAGGCCAAGGAAGGGGCGGCGUCCAGCUGGGAGAGGGACAUACAGCACCUCCAGAUGCACAUGCAGAGCCACCAGCACAAGAGUUCAAGGCAGCAGACAGAGCCUGUACUGGGGGAUUCUGGAGACAGUUGUGCUAAAGGAGCAGAGCCAGAUUGUUGCCUGACCACUGCGUCUCAGAGCCUUGAAGAAAUGGCAAGAGAAGAAAGGCAGGAAAAUCCAUCUGAUCUGGGUCACCUGGACUUUGGGCAGCUCUCAGACCAAACCCAACAGGAGGAGAAAUGCAACAGCAGGAGUUUGGGAACUUUUAAUGAUACACCCAGUAACUUGGUUAGCCUGGGGGAUGGAAACAGCCCAGAGUCAUUCUGUGAAAGUAAAAACACAGAGAUAUUGUGUAAAAAGGAAGAGGUGGGGCCAGCCUCUGCUGAAGACUCUGGGACUGUAUCAGAUGAGAAGGAAUGCACUGUGAGCCCAUGUGCAAGUGUAAACGGUGCUGUAAAUCUUCCAUCCUCUGGAAAUACAAAUGAGGCAGCUGGAAUGACAUCUGCUGGAGUUGUUCUGGAUCAAGCUGGCUUGGGCAGUACAAAUAUUGCCCAUCAGGAAGUGCAAGGUGCCGAGGAGCGUGCAGCUGGCAGUGCUGCUGCUGUGGUUGCAGCUGCAGGUGAAGCCCCAGCUUCCUCGGAGGGCCUGGAUGUGGUUAUGGGCCAGACUGAAUGCAGAAACUGUGCCGGGGCCGCUGAGAGGGCUGCGGGCCAGCAGCAGGGAGAGGAUGGGAUGGCAGAGGCGGGCGAGAGGACUGCAAACCUGGAAGAGGAAUCUCCAGCUAAGGAGGAGUCAGCCAGUGCUGCUCAGCCCUUACUCAGUGGUUUUAAUGGCACUGAGUGUUCGAAUGGGGAGGAUGCAAACAUGGGAGUGGCCUGGGAUGGUACAAAUGCAGAUGGUGGCACUGGCGAUGUCUCUGUUGACCUUUGCAAGACUGGCGAUAACAAAGAGACUGGAUCAUGCACUGGUCAGGUAAACGGUGACUUCGUGGAAAGCCAAGGCAAUGCCUGUGUCACAGCAAGGCAGGAUGUCACUGUGAGCGCUGGGGAAGCACUACCAGCAGUGAAUGGAGUGAAGGUUCCUGCAUGUGCAUCAAAACCUGAUCCUGGUUCAGAGAUCCAUGGCAGCGGUAAGAGCGGGGAGCGAGAAAGGCGGGUGGAAGCAGGUUGCAUAGAUGGAAAAUCCAACUUGCCCUCACUGGAAGGCAAUGUGGAAACUGAUGGCCCUGAUGCUGAACCUGAAAACAGUGAUGUUGGUGGGUCUAAUGGAAGCGGUGCAGAACCUGAGCAUUGCCAGGAGAGCAGUGAGAUCACUGACCAUGGGGCUGAAGCAAUGGAGAGCAGUGAAAAGGAGCCAGUAGGAACUGAUACCAGCAGCCCCAGAGAUGGAGGAAGUGUAAAUUCUGCAGGUCAGGAAGUUGAUGGCUGCUGCCUUUCUGCUGCUCAGACUGGCAUUAAAGAUGAAAUGGGCAACAACUUCAAACCAAUCAUUGCUCAGGAGAGUGAACAUGAGCCUGCAUCGCUCCCUCCAGAGGACUUGAGCACGGGCCUGGCAGAGAAGGAGCCUGCCCAGACCGAAGCAGAGAUAGCAGAAAGUGCUUCAGAGCAGGAGGGGCUGAACAAUGAGGUGAAAUCGCCCACUCCCCUGCCCAGAGGAGAGGGACCGGCUGUGAGUCAGGAGGGAGAUGCUGCAGUGGCACCUCCUGGGCAGGAGGCAGCUCUACAAGGUAAUGACCCUGGAUUAGUGCCAUGUGCCAAUGGUGCAGACUGUGCCAAGGAUAAUUUAAUGGGCACACCCUCUGCAAUUCAUAAUGAGGACUCUAAACAAAACCAGGAAGCAGUGGCGGCAGGGGCAGACUCGGCAGAGCUCUCCUGGCAGCACGGCGGGGAGCAUGGCGGGGUAGCUGCCGGCAGGCCCAGCGACCGUGCUGGGGAUGAGGGCUCUCUGGAACAGGGCCUCUCUCAGGCUGAAGGAGGCAAAGCUGAGCCUGAGUGGGAGGCUCAUGCGAAUGGCAAGGAGCAGGUUUUGUCAGAGGAACUUCGUGCUGCUCUUGUGAAAUCCUCUGCCUGCAGUCUUGGGGGGCCUGUGGUGGGCAGCAGCAAUGUGGAUGCUGGGCUAAAAGAAAAACCUGAAGAAGCGCGGAAGGCCGGAGCAGUGGCCGCAGGAGAAGGCACCAUGCAUGGACCUUCGUCAGCAGAUGAGUCACUGGGUGCAGAGAGUGACCCUUGUCUGAAUGCAGGGCUGAACCAAGAACAUGAUCCCAGUCAGACCCUACAACGGAUCUCCCUGCACAGCAGCACCUCUGAGUUAAAGGACACCUCAGAAAUGGGAGCCCCGAGUGAUGCCUGUGAGGGUAAGGAAGUACUGAGGCCGGUGACAAUGACCCCUGUUGCAGCAUAUCCGGAGGAGCAGGAGGAUACGGACAGCGUGCUUCCCCGGGCAGCACUCCAGCCCAUCGCAGAGGAGCCCACGUGUGACAGCGACUCCAGCACCGACACCGUUUGUCCGGCCGGCGAGGGUGAUGCUGGUCCCGUUGGGAAAGCAGCUCAAGGGGAGGCCUUGGAUGAGCAUGAUGGAAAGCAAAGCCAAGCUGUACCUGAAAUGCCCGUCUCACCAUGUUCCUGCCAUUUACCUGCUGUUGAGUCACUGGAAAAUGUGGGAGUAAAGAGUUUGGUGCCGGCAGACAAUGGCUCCUCUCUGGAUAAAGUUCCUAAAAUGGUAAAAAGUUUCGAUGCAGUGGUUUUUGCAGCAGAGAUACCUCGUUCUUCUGAAUUACCAACCCCGGAAAAAGGGGUGCUUGAGUCCCAGGCUGCAGUGGAUGUUGGAGUCAGCCGUAAUGGAGAAAUGGUUUUAAGUUCUUCAACAAAGAAGAAGAAUGUCAGCCUGGCAGUGCAAGGAGCUGAGCCUGUUACAGGGAAGCUGGAAAUGAAAACUGAGGACGAGGUGGAUUUUCUGAAAGACGGCACCGAGAGCGCUGCCCGCGAGGAAGUGAUAAACCGCGAAAGCUGGUGUUCGCUGGAGCCAUGUCCCGAUCCCUCCCUGCUGGAGCGCAAGCGGACACGGGAGUCUCCAGAAUGUGAGAACUUCCUGGAGGAUGGGCUGAGUGGUGUCUGUGCCUCGUCACAGGGUGGUCUUAAAAGAGAGUCCGGGAGCGAGUCGGACCUCUUCCCCUUGUCUGGUGAUGGGAUGGAAGACCUUGUCUUUGGAAAGCAGCCUGAAGAGGAGCAGUCUGCAUGUGAUGUCACCAGCUCCAGUUCCUCUGCAGAUGACACCAUGUCCCUGGAGAGGAACUCAUCCCUGGGCAGCGACACAUCCCUUCCCUUCCCACCGACUGUGAACUUUGCCCAGCCCAAGGACAGGCACAGCCUGGAUGGCAGCUGCACCAACAUGGUGGCCUCUGAGGGAGGAGAGAAGGAAGAGGAGCUGGACAGUAUCACAGAUGUGCCCACCCAUUCCUCUGUCUUACGCAACUCCAUGCGGCCACUGUCUCCUUUCCGUCGGCACAGCUGGGGACCAGGGAAGAAUGCCACCAACGAAGCAGAAAUAAACCAGAGGAGUUCAAUGCGAGUUCUGGGGGAUGGUAUAAAGAAGCCUCCCAUUCAUAGGAGAAGUUUGAGCUGGUGUCCCUCAGGCGUACAGUACCUUGCCAUGGGUCCUGACUUUACUUGUAGAAGUUACAGCCUAGAAGGCCUUGCUGGAGACUCUGGUGAGAACAAGAAGCCCUCUACAAACUUGGAGGCUUCUUCCCUGAGCUCCAAAGACCUCAGGCGGAGUCCACUUGCCAGCAAUCAGUGUGGGUCACUGGUCCUGCUCACUGAAGAGCAAGGAGAAAUCAGAGACUAUGGUCACCAGGCGCGUCAGACAUCGCAGCCACAAGGAUUUAAUUUCUGUUCUUCUGCUGCUUCAUCUCCACUGACCAAAUCCAUGUCUCUAAUGUCAAUUAGCAAGCCAGUGCUCGACACCCAGAGCCGGACUCGACCAUCGAGACGAAUCUCCUUCUCCUUCAGCAUCUCUCCACUCAUUCCUAAGUCUAAAACUCUCUUUUCUAUUGGCUCUUCUUCCAGUGAUGAGGAGGAGGAGUUGGAUAGUACGCAGUCGUUUGGUGGCUCCACGGGCUCCUCAGUUCAGAGCAUAUCUGAAGAGAGCAGCAGUGUCCCCGCUGGCAAAGGUGUAACGAAAGUCAGUCGCACCUUCAGCUACCUCAGGAAUAAAAUGUCCAGCAGCAAGAAGAGCAAAGAAAAGGAGAAAGAUAAAGAGAAGACUAAAGAGAAGGACAAAGAUUCCAAGGAGAAGGAAAAAGAUAAGAAGCAGUCAAAUGGACAUUUCUUCACUGCAACCUCUGUUGUAGCCCAAGCAACCUGUUACCACUGUAUGAAGCCUUUCAAUAAGGAUUCGUACUACUGUGCAAACUGCAAUGCAAUUGUUCACAAAGGCUGUAAGGAGAGUUUUGCUUCUUGUGCAAAGGUCAAAAUGAAGCCACAGAGAGGGAUGCUGCAGGCACAUGAUACCUCUUCGUUACCCACAGUAACCAUGAGAAACAAAAGCUCGCAGCCCAAGGAGCGCCCUCGCUCAGCAAUCCUUGCUCCUGAUGAAAGCACUGUCACCUCAAUGUUCAACAACAGGAGAUCAUCACAGCAGCCUACAGCACUUUCUAAAAGUGUCUCGAUACAGAACAUUGCAGGCAGAGUUGGGAACGAUGACAACUUAAUACACACUUGGAAAUUCCUGUCACAGUCAACAGACUCCUUACAUAAAAUCAGCCGGGUGAAUGAAUCCAUGGAGUCACUGGUUGAUGAAGGAGCGGACAUGAAUGAAGGACAGCUCAUGGGAGAACUGGAAUUAGAUUCCAAGCAGCUGGAGGCAGAGUCCUGGAGCCAAGUAGUGGACAGCAAGUUCCUACAGCAGCAAAACAAAGACGUUGUCAAACGGCAAGAUGUCAUUUAUGAGCUAAUGCAGACAGAAAUGCAUCACGUCCGCACCCUGAAGAUCAUGAACGAUGUGUACAGCGCAGCGAUGUUGAAGGAGCUGCAGUAUGAUCAACAAGUCAUUGACAAGAUCUUUCCUUGCCUGGAAAACUUGCUGCAAAUCCACAGUAACUUUUUCCAGCGGAUUCUGGAAAGGAAGAAGGAGUCAUUGGCAGACAAAAGUGAAAAGAACUUUGUUAUCAAGAGGAUAGGUGACAUCCUAGUGAAUCAAUUCUCCGGUGACAGCGCCGAGCGAAUGAAGAAAACCUACGGCAAAUUCUGUGGGCAUCACAACGAGGCAGUCAAUUACUUCAAAGAUCUGUACUCCAAGGACAAGCGGUUUCAGGCAUUUGUCAAGAAAAAAAUGAGCAGCUCCCUGGUGAGGCGUCUUGGGAUUCCUGAAUGUAUCCUGUUGGUAACGCAGAGAAUCACAAAGUACCCUGUCCUUUUACAAAGGAUACUGCAGUACACGAAAGAAAACGAAGUGGAACAUGAAGACUUGACUCAGUCAUUAAACCUCGUCAAAGAUGUGAUUGCUGCAGUCAACAGCAAAGUCAGCAAUUAUGAGAAGAAAAUGCGUCUUGGUGAGAUUUACAACCGGACGGACAGCAAGUCCAUCAUGAGGAUGAAGAGUGGCCAGAUGUUUGCAAGAGAGGACUUGAGGCAUCGGAAACUCAUCCGAGAUGGGCCUGUUUCACUAAGAAGUGCAGCUGGACGGCUAAAAGAAGUCCAGGCUGUUCUCCUCUCUGACAUGCUCGUGUUCCUUCAGGAGAAGGACCAGAAGUAUGUUUUUGCCUCACUGGACCAGAAAUCCACUGUGAUCUCUCUGAAGAAGUUAAUAGUACGGGAAGUGGCUCACGAAGAGAAGGGUUUGUUCCUGAUCAGCAUGGGCGGAAAAGAUCCCGAAAUGGUGGAAGUCCAUGCCAGCUCCAAAGAAGAACGUAACGGCUGGAUACAGAUAAUUCAGGACACAAUGAACACCAUGGAUAGAGAUGAAGAUGAAGGAGUCCCUUGUGAGUCUGAGUUCGAAAAGAAAUUGUCUGAUGCAAAAGUGAGAGGACUGAAAGAACAACUUCAGCAGAAGGAUAAGCAGAUCCUGCUCUUGCUGGAGGAGAAGACAAAGAUCUUCCGGGACAUGGCAGACAGUUCUGUGCAGGAGGAGAUGCCAGGCUCCAGGCUGCUCUUCAGAGCCAACACAGAAGAGGCUCCAAAAGGAGAGGCCAUUAUGAAAACAGCAAUAAAUGAAGUCGAACUGCUGCAAGACCUGGUGAACAGGAGCCUGGGCACUGCCCUUGGACAGCAGGUCAGCAGCACUGCCAUGGAACAGGAAGGAGGAGUUGGCCCCGUCUCUCUUCCUAGAAGGGCAGAAACUUUUGGAGGAUUUGACAGUCAUCAGAUGAACGCUUCCAAGGCAAAGCAGAAGGGAGGUGUUUCCUCCUGCAAAGAGGUGGAAGGUCCCAGGAUGUGGCGCAGGAGAGAAGGUGGAGCGAAAGAUGAAGGCGAUGACGCUCAGGACCUUCGAAGAACAGAAUCAGACAGCAUUUUAAAGAAGGGUGGAAAUGCUAAUCUGAUGUUCAUGUUGAAAAGGAAUAAUGAGCAGGUCCUCCAAACCAUUACCAGCCUCCAUAAGUUGCUCAGUGCUUUGCAGGGCGUCGUGCUGCAGCAGGACACUUACAUUGAGGACCAGAAGCUUGCUCUGAGUGAGAGGGCUCUGACCCGAAGCUUCUUCCGGCCGACCUCGCUGCUGGAGCAGGAGAAGCAGCGCAACCUGGAGAAGCAGCGCCAGGAGUUGGCCAACCUGAAGAAGCAGCAGACACAGCACCAGGAGGAGAGGCGGAGGAGAGAGAAGGAAUGGGAAGUCCGGGAGAAGGAACUGGCAGAGCAGGAGGCCCAACUGACCCAGCGUGAGGAGCAGGUCCAGAGAAGGUGGCAGGAGCUGGAGCGGGAACGAGAGGAGCUGCAGAUGAAGAAGGCUGCCUACCAGCUCGACCUGGAGAGGCUUCGCACGGCACAGAAGCAGCUGGAGAGGGAGAAGGUGCAACUCAAGCAGGAUAUGGAGCGAUUAUCUCAAAUGCGGCAGGAGCCUGACCACAACCAGGUUUCAAAUCUACAUGAGAAACUCACAAGAGUCUCCUCCCAGUCCAGCAUCGAUGAAUCCUCCAAGCAGAAGAGCCCUUCCCUUCCUAAACAAGGGCACUUUGAUGCAGAACUGUCUGUCUCCCCCAAAAGGAACAGUCUUUCAAGGACACACAAAGAGAAAAGCACUUUCCAUUUGCUUAGCACAACAAACCAGACUAACAAGGCAGCUGAGGAACAGACUCAGAUGCCUACUCGCCUCUUCAGUUUAGCCAAACCAAAGGAGAAGAAGGAAAAGAAGAAAAAGGGCAGAGGACAUCGGUCCCAACAGUCUGAUUCUCACUCGUCAGAAGCACCUCCAGAGGGUGAGGAGAUCUUCUGCUGAGCACAGACUGCUCCUGUCUGUGGCCACUCGUGGCAUUGGCACCGUGGACAUCUCCCUGCCUGUUACACAGCACGUGGCUGGUGCCUGCGCUGGACAAGCAUCUGGAGGUUUUAAAUAAAACGUGUUAUGAAGUCUGUUAA